AAGCCUGGGUUCUUGGGCAAACCACGCUGACGCUCUCACGCUCCCCACGCCUGCUCAGAACCAGAGAGAGCUCUGUGUCUCCAAUUUACCCCGCCGCAAGCAGGAAGCCCCCGCAUUGGCCUUCAUUUCCUUCAGUGAUGCUUUCCCCUCCAUCCCCUCCAUCCCCUCGUUCAACCCACCCACCCACCUCUGGGCCACUGCACGGCCAGCAAGCGCAAACACAAGCAAUAAUAGCCUGAAUUGCAUGUUUCGCCAUGUCAUCCAGUGACGGGAAAGCCGGUUGCGCUCCAUACCAUAAAGGGGCAGGAUUCCCUCUUUUAAAGCACCCUGUGAUUUCGAGCUCACCUCGUCGUCGUAAUCUUCCGCCUCGAACUUGGUAGCCGAUCAACACAACACUCCCCAGGAUCCCUCCUCCCUCUUCCAAAUUCACCCGCCACCAAAAGGCCAUCGCGCAUCCUCCUUACAAUGGCCGACGCCCCUUUUGAGUUCUUGCCCCUGGGCGCCAUCCUCCAGUCCUUCAAGGUCAAGGGAGUCAACAUUGUGCAGGGUUUCCCGACCCAGGAGCUCUACGAGAAGCACAACUCGCCCUACUUUGGCGUCACCGUUGGCCGCGUCGCGAACCGACUCGAGUCGGCCCAGCUCAAGUCGCUCAACGGCGGCAAGACGUACAAACUGGCCGCCAACGACGGAGCCAACAAUCUCCAUGGCGGCCUCAAGCCCUGGAGCUCCCUUAUCUGGGACGGCCCUAAGCCUGUCGGCGUGCGCAAGAUCCCCGGCGUCGAUGGUCUUGAGGGCGGCGAGAGCGUCGAGUUCUCGCUCACGAGCCCCGACGGCGACGAGGGCUUCCCGGGCACUGUUAAGGUCAAGGUCACCUACACUGCAGGUACACAAAAGGUCGACGGCAAGGAGGUUUCCGUCCUGGGCAUGGAGUACGAGGCGCAACUUGUGGACGGCGCUGACGAGACGGCCAUCAACAUGACAAACCACUCCUACUUCAACCUCACAGGCGACCAGACCUUUGCCGGCACCGUCGCGACGCUGGCGACCAACGCCCACCUCCCACGCGAGAACGGCAUCCCCACGGGCGGUCCCGUGUCGUUCCCCGGCAUCGAGGGCGGCAAACCGUUCGAGCUGGGUGUCGACGGCCCCGCGGUGGACGACUGCUUCGUCGUCACUGGGGAGCCCGGAUCCGUGCCCAUCGACACGCGUGGCGAGACGCUGAAGCUGCAUGUGCACGCGCGGCACCCCAAGAACGGGGUCAACCUAGAGGUCUUGAGCACAGAGCCCGCGUUCCAGUUCUACACGGGCGAGGGCAUCGACGUGCCAGCUGUCGAGGGCACGCCGGCGCGGGGCAAGAGGAGCGGGUUCUGCGUCGAACCGAGUCGGUGGGUCAACGCUAUCAACGUGCCUGAGUGGAAGGGUCAGAUGCUGUUGAAGAAGGGGGAGACGUACGGUACGCGCAUUGUGUACAAGGCCUGGAGUGAGUAGGAGGGCGUUGUCAGAGUUGGAACUUGCCUAGUGUGGGCGGUUUUGUUUCAUGGAAAUAAUAGUAUUUGAGAAUGAUAUCAGUGUCAACUUUU